AUGAUGGGCUCCGUGCUCCCGGCUGAGGCCCUGGUGCUCAAGACGGGGCUGAAGGCGCCGGGGCUGGCGCUGGCAGAGGUCAUCACCUCCGACAUCCUGCACAGCUUUCUGUACGGCCGAUGGCGGAACGUACUGGGUGAGCAGCUCCUGGAAGACAAGAGCCACCACACCGGCCCCAAGACGGCCUUCACCGCAGAGGUCCUGGCACAGUCCUUCUCCGGCGAGGUGCAGAAACUGUCCAGCCUGGUGCUGCCGGUGGAGGUGAUCAUCGCCCAGAGCUCCAUCCCUGGCGAGGGCCUCGGCAUCUUCUCCAAAACGUGGAUCAAGGCGGGCACCGAGAUGGGCCCCUUCACCGGCCGAGUCAUCGCCCCCGAGCACGUGGACAUCUGCAAGAACAACAACUUGAUGUGGGAGGUGUUCAAUGAAGACGGGACGGUGCGGUAUUUCAUCGAUGCCAGCCAGGAGGACCACCGGAGCUGGAUGACCUACAUCAAGUGCGCCCGGAACGAGCAAGAGCAAAACCUGGAGGUGGUCCAGAUCGGCACCAGCAUCUUCUACAAGGCCAUUGAGAUGAUCCCCCCCGACCAGGAGCUGCUGGUGUGGUAUGGAAACUCACACAACACCUUCCUGGGCAUCCCUGGGGUGCCCGGGCUGGAGGACGAGCAGAAGAAGAACAAACACGAGGACUUCCACCCCGCGGACGCGGCUGCGGGCACGGCGGGCCGCAUGCGCUGCGUCAUCUGCCACCGCGGCUUCAACUCUCGCAGCAACCUGCGCUCGCACAUGCGCAUCCACACGCUGGACAAGCCCUUCGUGUGCCGCUUCUGCAACCGCCGCUUCAGCCAGUCGUCCACGCUGCGCAACCACGUGCGCCUGCACACGGGCGAGCGCCCCUACAAGUGCCAGGUGUGCCAGAGCGCCUACUCGCAGCUGGCCGGCCUGCGCGCCCACCAGAAGAGCGCGCGCCACCGGCCGCCCAGCGCCGCGCUGCAGCCAGGGUCACUCACGACCGGCCGCACCCCCGAUCUCCCUCUCCCUGGCGGGCGUCCCCGUCGAGGGUGGCAGGAGAGUCCCCAAGGGCCCUCGCGGGAGAAGCGGGAAUCCGCACCUUCCCCCACGGAGAGCUCCGUGCUCGGGAAUCAAGGCAGAGCGACCUCCCCCCGGUGCCCCUUCGCCCAGGGCUGGCAGGGCGCGAGUCUCUGCGUCCUGGGCUCGGCGGCCAGGAGAGGGGGUGCCCAAGGCGACAGCCUUGAGAGUCGGGGGCUAUGGGGCCCAGAAGCAGCCAGCAGAGGCCCGGGGAGCUGCUCCGAGCGCGACGGGUCCCGGGGCCCCCGCAUCCGUGCGUCCCCAGCUCCGGCCGCGGGCGCCCUCUGGCGUCGACCCCGCGUCCCGGCCACUUAG